AUGGAAGGUGGAGGGUCUUAUUUCCGAGGCACGGCUUCGGAUCAGGAUCCAUUCCUCAAGGGGGGGAAAACUGGUGAUCAGAAAUUAAUGGCUACAAUGAAGUUUCCUAAAAGCUUCGAUAAGCGGGUAGACCUGAAUCGGAUCAACGUUGACGUCCUACGUCCCUGGAUAACAGAUCGAAUCACUGAUAUUAUUGGUAUGGAGGAUGAGAUAGUGAUAGAUUAUGCACUCGAGCAGAUUACUGGUACAUCUCAUCAUUCCGAGGUUGAUCCUAGGGAGAUGCAGUUGAGUUUGACGGGUUUCCUGCAACGCGGUGCGGCACCAUUCUGUGAGGAGUUGUGGGAGAUGCUCCUCAGUGCUCAGGACUCUCCGGCAGGAGUACCUACUCAGCUAGUUGAUCGUAAGAAAAGGGAUAUGAUGAGGAAGAAGGAGGAAGCUGAGAAAGUGAAGCGAGAGAUUGAGCAAAGGAAGGCAACAACAGCAGCAGAAGCGUCGACGGCGGCGGCAAAGCAGGAGACCGAAGCUACAUUUAACCCUCCUCCACCACCAGGGCCGCUACUCAUACCAACAGCUCCUGCAUUUGACACUAGAGUUCGUCGGGGACCCAUCAAACCACCGUCUCAAGGCUUGGAGACCAAUUUACCUGCGGCGACAGCAGCGGGUGGGAAGCCGCUACCUUCUGCUGCUGCUGCUGCUGGACGGUCUAAUGAGGAAUCGUAG